GCCGCCGCCGCCGCCGCUGCCGCCGCCGCCGCCGCCGCCCAGUGCCGGAGCCCGCGGUGCGCGGCCGAGCGGAGGGGCUUCCGGCGCGAGCUCGACUCCUGGCGCCACCGCCUCACGCACUGUGUAGGUUUUGAGAGUAUUUUAGAAGGGCUUUAUGGACCACGGCUACGAAGAGACCUCAGUUUAUUUGAAGACUGUGAACCAGAAGAGCUGACUGACUGGUCUAUGGAUGAAAAAUGUUCAUUUUGUAACCUACAGAGAGAAGCAGUCAGUGAUUGUAUACCGUCCCUUGAUUCUUCACAGUCAACACCAACGGAUGAACUCUCAGCUCAGGGCCAGUCCAACACUGAUAAGAUUGAAUGCCAAGCAGAAAAUUACCUAAAUGCACUCUUUCGAAAGAAAGAUCUUCCUCAGAACUGUGAUCCUAACAUUCCCCUAGUUGCUCAGGAAUUAAUGAAAAAGAUGAUACGUCAGUUUGCAAUUGAGUAUAUUUCCAAAAGUGGUAAAAUUCAAGAAAAUAGAAAUGGUUCAAUUGGACCAAGUCUAAUAUGUAAAAGUAUCCAAAUGAAUCAAGCAGAAAACUCGCUUCAGGAAGAACAGGAUGGCCCCUUAGACCUCACUGUGAAUCGAAUGCAAGAACAAAAUACUCAGCAAGGGGAUGGAGUGUUAGAUCUCUCUACAAAGAAAACCAUCAUUAAAUCGGAAGAGUCAUCCAUAUGUGAUCCUUCUUCUGAAAAUUCAGUGGCUGGGAGACUCCCCAGACACAGAGAGGACUAUGUGGAAAGAAGUGCUGAGUUUGCAGAUGGUUUGCUCUCAAAAGCUUUGAAAGACAUUCAGUCUGGAGCACUGGACAUACAUAAAGCAGGCAUACUUUAUGGCAUACCUCAAAAAACUUUACUUCUCCACUUAGAAGCCUUACCAGCAGGGAAGCCUGUGUCUCUUAAAAACAAAACUCGAGAGCUCACUGAUAGUCCCUCAUACAAAGACAGUAAAGAUACGUGUGCCGUGCUGCAGAAGGUCGCCCUGUGGGCCAGAGCUCAAGCCGAGCGCACGGAAAAAAGUAAACUCAGUCUACUUGAAACCUCAGAAUUAAAAUUCCCAACAGCUUCCAGUUACCUCCACCAGUUAACUCUGCAGAAAAUGGUCGCUCAGUUUAAAGAGAAAAAUGAAGGCCUACCUUACGAAGCUUCACCACCCCAAACCGUGCAGUUAAAAAUCCCUCAGCUUCGAGUCACUUCAGUCUCCAAACCCCAAGCCCAGGCCGAGGCCCCAGGCCUGCUGGAUGUGAUGUACCACGUUUCCAAAACUUCUCCUGUCCUCGAAGGCUCCGCGCUGCAAAAACUGAAGAAUAUCCUCCCCAAGCAGAACAAGACGGAAUGCUCGGGGCCCGUCACGCACUCCAGCGUGGACUCCUACUUCAUCCACGGGGACCUCUCUCCUCUGUGUCUUCAUGCCAAGAAUGGGACCGUGGAUGGCACCUCCGAAAGUACCGAGGACGGAUUGGAUCGGAAAGAUAGCAAGCAGCCCCGCAAAAAGCGUGGCCGCUACCGGCAGUACGACCAUGAGAUCAUGGAAGAGGCCAUCGCCAUGGUGAUGAGCGGGAAGAUGAGUGUUUCCAAAGCACAAGGGAUUUAUGGGGUACCUCACAGCACUUUAGAAUACAAGGUAAAAGAAAGAUCUGGAACACUGAAGACGCCUCCGAAGAAGAAGCUCCGCUUAGCAGACACUGGGAUAUAUAAUCUGACAGAUUCAGGGACUGGCAGCUGCAAGAACAGCAGCAAGCCUGUGUAGAUUUUACCUGUUAGACAAAUGUCUGUGUGUGUGUGUGUGUGUGUGCGUGUGUGCGUGUGUGUGCGCGCAGGUGUGUGUUUGUGUUUGAACACACACACGUGGGAAUUACAGAUGCUCACUCUGACAGGAGACAUGAAAUUUUACAGUUCAAAAACCACUUACAUGCCUUUUGAAAAAAAGUUUUAUUCAGGGUUUUCACUGUGGACAGAAUUAUAUAGUUGCUUACUUAAUUCUGAUAGUUUGUAUUUAAUCCUUGUAUAAAUAGGUGAGAGGAAAAAAAGAUUCAGGUUUUCUUUAGUAGUCAAUAGCAUAAAGCGUUGUGGGGAAACAGUUGUCAAGUGAGAUAUUUUCAAUGGUGAAAGACCACUCCAGCCAGACAGUUGAACCAUCUUUUAACGGAAAACAUGAUAUUAAUUAUGAACCUUUUCUAUGGCAUACUUACAGUGACUGUAAGUAUACUCAGCACCCAGUCAAAGUUUAGACCGUUAUUCUCCAUACUAAAAAUCAGUAUAUACAGUAUUAGUACACUACCAAGCAUUCUACAGAAUACAAAAUGCACUCGAGUGCAUCUACCAGAUAGAGAAAAGAAAACCUUAAAUGAUAUGUAUAAUGAAAUUUAAUAUUUAUCAUUUUAAUAGUUGAUUUAGCAGGAAGUUGGGGUUAUAAAGUCUAAAAAAUAAUAAUAAAAGA